AUGCUUCGAUGUUCUUCAAUCAUUGCUGUGAGCAUAGUUGUUGAUGCUUUCAACGUCUUCGAAUUCACAAUUCAGCUCCUCACUAUGCUGGUUAUCUUUUCGGUUAUUCGGUAUUCUUUCCGAAGAACAGGCAAAGAUGGAGAGAAAUGGUCCAGAGAAAGUUACAAAGAGAUGUCACAGAUUGCUGGCGAAAAGUGCAAACUGGAGACUUAA